UUGAGAGAUGAGAGCUAAGGUCAGGGGACAGAUGUUUUCUUUUACAAAUAGCACUCCAUUAUGUAUUGUUCCCCACCACCCACGCCCGAGCAGCUACUCGACCUAUGAAACAAACAAAGAGCCCGGGGAACACAGAUAACCCCAGCCUUCAGGUUUGUAAUCUGACUGUGGCCAUCGGCAGCCAGAAAUGAGUUUCUUUCUAAUCAGCCUUCCAUCAGUCCCCAGUCACUCAUAUAAAGGGCCUGGAAGGGGAAGAUUCGCAUUGCAUUUUCUUCAGCACCAGGGUUCUGGUCAGCGCCCCGAGAGGUCCACCGCCGGCCAGCCCCUCUCACCUCAUCGCGGCUGGGCUGCUGCCUUGCUCGUCCCCCUGCUGCAGAGGAAGCAAAUUACACCGGGACCCAUGCAGCCAGCAAUGAUGAUGUUUUCCAGUAAAUACUGGGCAAGAAGAGGGCUUUCCCUGGACUCAGCAGUGCCCGAAGAGCAUCAGCUGCUCGCCAGCUCAACACUAAAUAAAACUAACUCUGGCAAAAAUGAUGAUAAAAAAGGCAACAAGGGAAGCAGCAAAAAUGACACUGCUACUGAGAGUGGCAAGACGGCAGUUGUAUUCUCCUUGAAAAAUGAAGUUGGUGGAUUGGUCAAAGCACUGAAACUCUUCCAGGAAAAACAUGUCAACAUGAUUCACAUUGAGUCCCGGAAAUCCCGGCGGCGAAGUUCGGAAGUUGAAAUCUUUGUGGACUGUGAGUGUGGCAAAACGGAAUUCAAUGAGCUCAUUCAGUCGCUGAAAUUUCAAACCACGAUUGUGACGCUGAAUCCGCCAGAGAACAUUUGGACGGAGGAAGAAGAGUUGGAGGACGUGCCCUGGUUUCCCCGGAAGAUCUCGGAGUUAGAUAGGUGCUCUCACCGAGUCCUCAUGUAUGGUUCAGAACUGGAUGCCGACCACCCAGGAUUUAAAGACAAUGUCUAUCGACAGAGAAGGAAGUAUUUUGUGGAUGUCGCCAUGGGCUACAAAUACGGUCAGCCCAUCCCCAGGGUGGAGUACACGGAGGAAGAAACGAAGACUUGGGGUGUUGUGUUCCGGGAGCUCUCCAAACUCUAUCCCACUCACGCUUGCCGGGAGUAUUUGAAAAACUUCCCCCUGCUGACUAAACACUGUGGCUACAGGGAGGAUAAUGUGCCCCAACUGGAAGACGUCUCGACGUUUCUGAAAGAAAGAUCUGGCUUCACGGUGAGGCCGGUGGCUGGAUACCUGAGCCCUCGGGACUUUCUGGCGGGACUGGCCUACAGAGUGUUCCACUGCACCCAGUAUGUCCGCCACGGCUCAGAUCCCCUCUACACCCCGGAGCCAGACACAUGUCAUGAACUCCUGGGACAUGUCCCUCUGCUUGCGGAUCCUAAGUUUGCUCAGUUUUCACAAGAAAUAGGCCUGGCAUCUCUGGGAGCUUCGGAUGAAGAUGUUCAGAAGCUAGCCACAUGCUAUUUCUUCACGAUUGAGUUUGGCCUUUGCAAACAAGAAGGGCAGCUGCGGGCAUAUGGCGCUGGACUGCUUUCCUCCAUUGGAGAAUUAAAGCAUGCUCUUUCCGACAAGGCGUGUGUGAAAGCCUUUGACCCAAAGACAACCUGCUUGCAGGAAUGCCUUAUCACCACCUUCCAGGAAGCCUACUUUGUUUCAGAAAGUUUUGAAGAAGCCAAAGAAAAGAUGAGGGACUUCGCAAAGUCAAUUACCCGUCCCUUCUCAGUCUACUUCAAUCCCUACACUCAGAGUAUUGAAAUUCUGAAAGACACCAGGAGUAUUGAGAAUGUGGUGCAGGACCUCCGCAGCGAUUUGAACACCGUGUGUGAUGCCUUGAACAAAAUGAACCAGUAUCUGGGGAUUUGAUGCCUGGGACCCGUGUCACCGCCAGCAUGAUGUUUCGGGGGCUUAACAACAAUUCAGUGUCAUAUAACACCAAUAGCUUUCUGUGUCAUGGCUUGGCUAGUAAGCACGCAGUUCUGUGUAUUCCUACCUACUUGUAACUUACUGUGAUAAUGUGUGAAACACCAUAAAGAGCCCAAUGGUAGAGAGCCACUCAUUGUAUGAAGCAGGUUUAAAUGUCUUAAAUAAAUUUGACGUUCCGGCUUAGUGUCCUUAGCCAAACUGCAGCUGUUGAAAAUUGGUAACAAAUAGCCCUCUUCUGACUCUAGCUUGUGACCUUUCCUUUCUCAGAUCCUAGCCUUUCCUUUGUGUUCAUUAGAUACAAUGAAAAUAGCAGUGAGACUGUUUAUUUUCUCCAGUGUGAGUGUUUUCACAGCACUGUUUGAGAUAAACCCAGAAUUGUAUGAAACUUCUUAUCACCUUACUAAAAGAUUCAGUAUUUUCUUUCAAAAAUGGAUAGUGAACACACUAGUUGGAAUGGUUUUCAGGAUGAUUAUUUAUACAAUGUAAGAAAAGUGAACUUUUCACACAUAGAAUAUGUAGGUUGCAUUGACCUUGUGGAGACUGAGUUGUGGCAAGCUUCCCAAAGUAUUUUGGAAGAAAAUACUUCCAGGGUGGACAUUAGGAAAGACUAAACAGUAGAGAAUAAAUCUUGGGACUGUGAAUUUUAUGCUGGAAUAAAGUGACUAUUCUGCUCAGGUGUUUAACCCAUUUCUCUUGGAGAAUAACAAUUUUCACAGAGCUUUGAUUUCUGGUGCAGAAACUGAGUCACAGAGAGUUAAGUGAUUUGCUCAGAGUAGCAGUUAGCCAUGCAUCCAUGUGAACAGCCCCUCACAUCUCACUUUUGGAUUGCUAAGACAUUCAGCUUGGUGUAUGUGUGUAAUUUAUGACGUGUAGUCACAGAAGGGAAAGUAAUGCUUAUCGGAACUAAUGUUAUCAGUAAACAGGACUUGGCUUGUGAUCAAGGAUUGACAACAGCACAGAUGUUUCCCCUCACAACCCCAAAUCAGGCUAGGUCUCUGGGAGUCCGGCCACUUGUCCAAAGUUUGGGCAAAUUUAGGUCAAUGAGAGUGAUGUAGCCCAGGAAGGAAAUCUAGGGAAGAGGGGAUGUAUGUGUACACAGAGCCGAGUCACUGCUGUACCGCGGUGACUGACAGAACAUGGCAAAGCGACCGCCCUCCAGCAGUGGGAAGGGAACGCUGCGCUGCAAGCCUCAGUCAUCCCUUGCUUAUAGUCAGGUGAUCAAGUGAACAAAUAACUGCUGAAUGAGUGAAUGAAUUUUAGCUUCUGACUCCCUUAACAAAUGCAAUCAUCGUUCCUCUAGUCUGCUUUAGUAGCACAGAAUACUGGGUGGGGGAAAGAGAGGAUGAGAAAAAGGAGAGAAGAGUAAGAUGACAGAAUAACUUUUAAGGUAGCAAUUCUAAAAUAUUUACUUCCAAGGAUUUUCUUUAAAUAGGAAGUUGCAUAAAAUUUCAAACUAACUCAUACUGUUGCAUGGCCUGUUACAGGUCAGAAAUUUUGGGACUAAAUAUAUUCAGGAAGAAUAUGAGAAAAUUAAAAUAUACAUCAGAGUGAGGUAAAAUUACAAUGAGAAAUCAGACUUUUGACUCUUGGUUAUCUUGAUGAUUGAGGCUCUUUCAUUUUUGAAGGAUUCUCAAAACAAUGGAGUUUUUUUUUUUCCAUUUAUUUUUAUUAGUU